GGCUUUUAUGAGCCGGCGAGAAGGGACAAUUGCAGAUGUCUUUAGGAACAGCUGUCUCGGUGGGAAGGGAAAAGUCGGAGAACUUAGGUCGUUCCACAGAUCCUUAUUGAGGGUCUCUUUACAGUGGUGAGCCACACAGACCUCCAUUGAGGUUACUAUGACAGAACUAGGGAGAAAACUAAACUGGGUGAUGUGCCGGAAGCGGGGGAGGGAGGAGCACAGAGCGCGCCCUGGCGUUUGCUUUUCAUUAAAAAAACAAAUCCUAGAAAGGCCUUGGAGGGGCUGCCCCUUUUGCUGAGACCAGAUUUAUAGAAGGUGCCAGCUAUCGGAAGAUGUGGGAAGAGCGGCACAAAAAAUCAUUUUGCAUAAUCCAGGGUUAGAAAUAAAGCUGUUGUGGCUGAAGCGUGGAGAGCAAGACAAGGCCCGAUGCUUUGGCGCUCAAUUGAGGGAGAGAAAGGAAAGCACUUCUUAAGAGUUGAAGUAAGACCUCUUGAAUUCAGUAAUCGUUUAGAACAGCCAUUCUCAAAGUGUGGUUCCUGGACCAGCAACAUCAGUAUCAUCUUGGCACUCCUUAGAAAUGCAAAUUCUCGGGUCCCAUUUCAGGCCUACUGAUCAGAAACCCCGAGGAUGGGACCCGGCAAUCUGUUUUCACAAGCUCAAGGAAAGCAGAGGAGUACUUGCGACUGUCCCAGGUGAACUGUAAUGGCCUGUCUGCACAUACCACAGAAACCAGCAAUGCAGUCAUGUGCCUGGAUCUUGCAGCUUCCUGUAUGAAGUGCCCCUUGGACAGGGUUUAUUUAAUUAAACUUUCUGGUUUGAACAAGAAGAUGUAUCAGAGCCGUCUUAAAUCUUUUGAGUGUUUACUGGGCCUGAAUUCAAAUAUUGGAAUAAGAGACCUAGCUGUACAAUUUAGCUGUACAGAAGCAGUGAACAUGGCUUCAAAGAUAUUGCAAAGCUAUGAGUCCAGUCUUCCACAAACACAGCAGUUGGAUCUCGACUUAUCCAGGCCACUUUUCACCACUGCUGCACUACUUUCAGCAUGCAAGGUGUUAAAGCUAAAGGUGGAUAAAAAUAAAAUGGUAGCCACAUCUGGUGUGAAAAAAGCCAUAUUUGAUCGACUGUGUAAACAAUUAGAGAAGAUUGGGCAGCAGGCUGACAGAGAAGCUGGAGAUUCAGCUACUCCACCACAGAAGAAAAAGAAGACAAUGGUUGAACCUCCAGCAAAAGAAACAGAGAAGGUAGUAGACAGACCACAUAAACUGCAGAAAGAUGAAGAUCUGACACAGGAUUAUGAAGAAUGGAAAAGGAAAAUUUUGGAAAAUGCUGCCAAAGCACAAAAGGUUGUAGCAGAGUGAUUUCAGCUUCCAGACUGCCAUUGGCUGCAAACUAAUAGUACAUCUGCCACCUCAAUGAAGAUGUGAGGGCUUUGGAAUUUUAUUUGAACUCUUAUAACAAGGAUCCGAAGACUAUUGCCUUAAAAGCAAAGAAGUCAGUGCUGGGGCUGAGUUCUUGGAAGCAAACUGGCCGGUGACAUGGGCGACAAAUUCAUUAGGUCAGGCACAGUGCCUGGUUGGCAUGGCUUUGGCUCCCCACAGGUCUGCAUUCCUACAAAAUGGAAUUGGAGCCAUUUUGCUCUUUUGUUUUAAGCAAAAGACAUUCUCCUGUCCUAUCAAUAUAAAAUUCAGGUCUGAAUGGAGUACUAUGGAUUUUACUUAGGUUUUUGUGUAAAUUUCUUGUUUGACUAAAUCAGUAUAUGGUACAGCCUGAGUUAAUAAAUAUUUCUUUUUAUAUGCA